UCGACAGUCAACGUGUCAAGUUCAAUUCCAUGAUCACUAUAACUUUCAUCAGACAUGGUCAGAGCGAAGACAAUCCGAGAGGAAUAUGGGCCGGAUGGAAAGAUGCACCACUUUCUGAACUAGGCAUAAGAGCAAAGGCUCUCAGUGACCACCUCACAACUACGAAGAUCGAUCUCAUAUACUCGUCCCCCCUCAUGCGCGCUCGUCAGACUGGUGAAGCCGUCCAAAGCGGUCAACUCAUCCCGCCCAUAUUGAUCACGAAUCCUCAUCUCCGAGAACAACAUUGGGGCAUUGCAGAAGGGCAUCCGUAUUGUAAUCAUGCCCCACAUAACAUGACUCAUGAAGAGGCUUUCAAGGCUGGCAUAUUUCCAAGAACCGCUCAUCUUGACGACGACGGGAAGUUUCCCGGAGGAGAGAGUAGAAAUGAAUUGGCAGCUCGAGCAGAUAUCGCAAUCAAAGAGUGCAUACUGCCGAAUCUCACCGAAGAGAAUUUUGGGAAUGGUCUUCAUAUUGCUUUUACGAGUCAUGGGUUAUGCAUAGGCCAGCUCAUUGCCGCCCUCUUGCGAUAUGACGCUUCGGCCGACGAGGAUGUAUCCUACGAGGGCUUGAGAAACACCGCAUGGACACGAGUAGAGGUUUCUUUAGAUUUAAACUCCGGUGACCCCGGGGAUAUGCGCACUGCUCUAAGGGUCGACGUGACACACGUAGACGCGAAGGAGCACCUGAAACUCUUGGUCUGUCCUCAAUGUGAUUGUCUGUUGUAUGAUCUGCUGACGACGUGAAUGGUACAGGAUUAGUCUAUGAAAGAUGUUCCGAUU